UGGACACUUGGGGAUUUCAUGCAUUAUGCAUUUGCAGUCAAUCUCACCGACAAUAAGGGCCGCAAGAUCACACGGUCUGUCAGUCAUGCACGCUUCAUCAGCAACUUCCUUGCAGGGCGCAAUACAUACCUGCCUACGCAGAUACUCGAAGCGUGGUAUAAUAGCCCCUUCGGAGCGCCAGAAACGAGUACCGAGCACCUUAUGUAUUCGGUUAGCAUGCCUCCAACCUCCAUCAAGCCAGCGAGACCGGGAAUCUCUGCAUUCGCAGCGCAACUGGUGGAGAAGAAGCUAAUUCGAGAGGCGGAGGAUGCUGUCCGACCAGCCUCAGGCUUGCAUGCCAUUGGCUCAAGCAAGCACAUUAGCGGAAUCCUCAAGAGACACCAGGGUCUAACAUGGCAUUACCUCACCAAGAUAGCUGCAAGGAAGCCCCGCGUACGAGAAGGGAAGAUACUUGAACGGCAGCAGCGCCCAGUUGAGGCAAUCAUCACGCACAUCCUCAGUUCAUUGAAUUACUCACGCACUCAUGAGGCUAAGCGGCUCCCACUAACACUUGGGCUAUUAUACUUUGCGACAGGAGCACCGUAUCUUCUGUACCGCAUCAACAGCCGUGUCGCUCUGAUGCCCUCAUAUAGUACAAUCCGUGCUACUCUGCAGCACUUGUCUGAAGAAGAGGCUGUUUCAGUUCGUGAGCUCGGACGAAGUGAAGAGAACUGGCUCACGCUCCGGCUGGAUAAUGUGCAACGAUAUGCUAAGCAAUGGGAGGAAAGCAUCGGAAGUAAGCCACAGAUGCUGAAGGGGAUGGCCGCGACCGCUGUGAAGGCAACAAGAUUUGAUCCAUCAGCAUGGGAUCUGAGCGAUAAAAAAGAACGCUUACGGAAAAACCUGCGGAAGCACAUCAAUGCAGACUGGUUCUUGAAGCUCAUCGAUCAAACACAUCUCGAAGUGGUUUUCGUCCUGCAAUGGAUCCAGACUCUCAUCCGGUACAUACCAGAGCUGGCACAUAUGAAAGACCACAUUGACAUGCUGUACAAGACACGAGCACGAAAGCAUGCUCCCUCCGCCGCCGAGAGAACAGAAGUGCAUCCGCUCAGUACAAUCAAGAAGGACGAGAACUUAACCACUGAACUUGCGGAUGCAUUGGUUGACUUCUUGGGACAAAUGGGGCAAAAGGAAAGCAAUUAUCAGCGGCGCCUUGUCCUGGUUGGAGGGGACGGCAUGACAUUCGAGCGCGUGCACCAGCUGAAACGAUACUUACAGUUCCACGAGGACGAUUUUCAAAAUUUCAGCAUGCUUGAACCCCUGCUGGAAUUAUGGCAUACAGCCUGGACGGACCUCAGCCGACUGUUUCAAACGCAUUGGGGAGAAACACUCACAAAGGACCCUUCAGCAUUAGGCCACAGUGCAGCAGCUAUUUCACGGAAAGCACCAGCAAAUCUAUCGAAGGUCGACUAUUACCCAGCAUCUCAAUUAGCCUACCUGGUACUGGAUGUACGGCUCCUAGAUUGCUGGAGACUAUAUUUCGGCACUGAGGAUAUAUUUGAAUACUUUCGCAAACUGAAAGAUGAUGACAAAUUACCAACAUUUGAAGUGCUCGAAGAGGCCGCCAAAACACUCCAUCGCACAUAUACCUCUUUGCGCGCCUACGAACGAUCACUAAAUGGAAGUCAGUCAGGUGCUUAUCGAGUGCCAUGCGGCUCCGAUUGGCAGGACAAACCUAGUGACAAUCCUCAGGAUACACUGCCCGACAAGCCGGAGCUGGACGUACAAGGUGAAACCAGGCACAAGGAAAGCCAGCCUUCAGCUGGCACCGAAGGGUCUGCCGGUCCCGAGGGCGCCGCACGUACACCAUUUCGAGGGGAUCGUGUCCUGGGACGUUCGCAACGAUUCCUCUCGGAUGCAAUGUUGUCACGAGAGGCUGCCAUCGCUACACCCCUCGGUGACAGCGGGAGGGUUUACGAGACUCUAAAGGUCAUGCUGGUGACCUUCGCGGGAUCUUCUCAUUCAAAAUAUACGGCAUACCUUAUGGAGAUGAUAACCAGUCUAGAGCUAGAGUCAAGCCCGGCAUUGAAGGAAGCCAUUCUGAGCAAUUGGCUGGUCAAUCCAUCAGGUGUCGAAGGGCACUACAUCGAAGGAGAUCUAAUGCAGGAACACUUCAAUCUCGAUCUCGAGGAGAUGGUUGAAAGGAAGAACAUCGAUUUUGAUGAUCCAUUCAUGAGAGAGGUUGUCUCCCGCAACUUACAUCACUUCAAUCGUCUCAAGACAGAGUAUGAAGUGGGCGUCGGAUUGAAGGUAAGAACCCGUGCACACACUUCACCUCACACUCGCCCUGAAGUCAAAGAACUCCUACGGGUCUACCGUGAAUGUGAGCUCCAUAUGUUCCGAAGCGGCCGGGAGAUGGGUACUCGUGAU